GAAAUGAUGAGGAAUUAAUGGUUGACUUUGAGGCUGUCCGUUUCACCACUUGUCGCCCCAGUUGUGGUGGAGGGUGGGCAAGGACAAGCGGGAGAGAAUGGAGGGACUGAGCAUUGUGACAGAAGGCGGAGAAGGAGCAGGGCAAGAAGUCAUGUCUGACUUUGGUGACAUGUCGUCAACACCGUCCUCACCCAACGUAGCAGCUCUCGCCACUCCACCCUCCAACUCUCGUGUGCUCCUCUCGUCGUCAUCAUCAUCAUCAUCAUCAUCAUCAGCAUCAUCAGCUGACAUCGAUGGCAACGACAAGGUGGAAGUGGCCAGAAAGAAGGAAAAGCUUCCACAGUCUUCGUCCCAUUCCGAUGUCCUUGCACGUGCCGUCGAGAUGGUCGCCAACUACUCUCCGCAUGACGAUCAUGAUGACAAUGUCGACAAGCAAGCCGACCGCGAUCACGGGCAUGAUGCCAACCGUGGUCACGAGCAUGAUGCCUACCACGGCCAUGGUGAUGUAGACGACGACGUGCGUCGGGCAGCAGCAGGCUCGGCGUCAGGAUCAGGGCCACGGUCGGGAUCGGGGUCGGGGUCGGACUCGGCCUCCGACUACGAGUCUUACUCGGGGUAUUCGGCGAGCGGUGCGGCAGCGGCGGCGCUGAUGGUGUCUGAGGGCGAGUUGACGCGGCGGUUGAUGGAGUCAAGGAAGAUGUUGACCGAGUCGCGGGCUAGCAUGGGCUCCGAGACUGGGUCUGCCAACGGCGGGAGCGAGACAGAUCGGGUGCCGGCGCCGGCGCUGCUACGGACGCGGCGAUUGAGGGCUGGCUCGCGAGUCCAGUCGAUGCGACUGGCGGCGGUGGACGAGUCGGAGGAAGAGCUUGCGCUGGACGCAGAGGAGCGGCUUCCGCUGGUACGGCGGGUGCUUGUGGCGGCGCACAAGAUGCUUGUAGCGACGUUUGAUGGCCAGGAUGCACUCGCUGACGAGUCGCAGCGGCUGGCGGGCGUAGUGAGCGAGGUGCGGGCCAAGCUUGGCGAGGCGGGGCGGGACUCAACGGCGGUGGCGUCAGGCCUUGCGACGGUGGAGGUGCAGGCGGCGGCGCUAACGACGGCGACAACGCGAGUUCUACACAUCGGAGCGACUGAGGAGAACUACGACGCGGUGGCGACAAGUAUUCGCGAGCUGGUCACCGGGCUCUCGCUCUUGCUGGCGACGUUCCGGUUCAAGCGGGCGUUUGCCGGCGAGGGCGAGGAGGUGCUGGCGUUCUGGUACUCGCUGGCACAGGGCAACCCUCUGGUGGGCUCGUCGGACACGUCGAGUCGCCGCGGCUCGUCCGGCGAUUUGAUGGACAUGUACAUGGACGUGGCGCUCGGAGUGGCUUCCGACUCGCCGAAUCCGCUGGUCAUGCGGGUGGCGUCCGAGCUGGCGGCCAUCGAGCGUCUUGCCCACGAGCACUCGACGCCCGGCGGCUCGGGCCGGGGCUCGUCGGCGAGUCCCGGCACACCAUUCAUGCCGGCCGAGCCUCCGGACGACGGCGAGUGGUGUACCGAGUCGACAAUCGACGAGGCGCUGCUGCUUGCCGGUGGCUUUGAGCCCAUCGAUGAGGCCGACGGCGGACCGGGUGGGCCCGAGGAGGCGCCGGAGCCGCGCCAGCCGCGCCAGCCGCGCCAGCCGCGCGCGACGGGGCAGGCGGGCGAGCGGCAGCGGCGGCGGCGGCGCAAGGCCCGGGCAGCGUCGAGCAUCAACACGUCGACGGCAUCGUCGAGCUCGUACUCGACCACCUCGAGCUACUCGAGCAGCAGCUCGUCAACGGGCGGAAGCACGAGCCGGAGCACGACGGGAGGAGGCCGGGCAGGCCGGGCACGGCGGGUUUCGACGUCAACGGACAUUACGCUCUCGUCGAUGGACUCGGACGUCUUGCGGGCAGCGCGGCAGGAGGGCACAUUUGGGCGACUGGCAACGUCGUCGACAGCGGCGUGGGCACACGCUCGACUGGCAGCCCCCGAGCCGCUCAACCGGUCCGAGUCGAAGAUCGGCGCGUCGGUGUUCCGGGUCACCGACGCAGCAGCAGCAGCAGCAGCAGCGGCAGAGCGAGCGCGACGCGAGGACGAAGCGCAGCGGGCGCAGCUGGCGGAGGCCGAGCGGCAGGACCGGAUUCUUGUGGCGGCGCUUCUGCAGUCGCUGCGGAACCAGGACCAGCUCAAGGCGCGGCUGGCGCAGCAGCGGGCGAGGGUGUCGGAGCAGGAAGUUGUCAAGGCGCGGCUGGAACACAAGAUUCAGACGAUGAAGAAGCGUGGGUACAUGCCGAUGGCUGAGCGGCGGCGGCAGGAGCGCAAGCUCAAUGCCUCGCUGGGCGGCGUUGCCGUCGGCGACGUCUCCGAGCUCCUUCGGCGGGCUACCCAGGACUCGCUCGACCUCCCUCCGCCCGAGUCGCUCGACGAGGAGAUCGACAUGCUCGAGGCUGAGCUCGGCACCAUCGACAAGGUCCUUUCACUCGACGUUGUUCAACCGUAUCUCUCACAGCCGUCGUUCUCUGACACCAGCAGCAAGGCGCUGUUCCACGAGGUCAUGGCUGUGUCGGGUCAGGCGGGGCGGUCGAUGAUGGCGAGUCGGGCGACGACGACGGGCGAGGCGACGACGAGCGGAGGCGGAAGUGGCUACAAUCCAAGUAUGGAUGCGUGCUCGAUGAAUGGGCAUGAGGCCAAGUGCUCGACGUCGCUCAUGCCGUCGUUCAACACCUCGCAUCAGCUGCAGUGCGAUGUGCCGGAUGCCUCGGUCUCCAAGCUCCUUGAUCUGCAGGAUGGGAUCAUUGCGCUCGACUGCGUGACCAACGGGACAACGUGUGGGGUGUAUGUGUGGCACCACCAGAACGGGCCGCCGGAGAUCUUCAACUGUGUACUCGAAGAGUGCGGCUACGAGUACAAGGAGAACCACGUGACGCUCAAGUGCGCGACGACGAGGUGCGUGCAUGGGCCCAACUGGACGCCGUCUGAAAUUCUGGAGAACAUUCUGACGUCGCUCAAGGGAUGGAUGUCGUUUGACUGUGACUUGCGGAACAAUCACUGUGUGAUGGCGCAGGAGGAGCUGCAGGAGCUCAUUAUUCCGCUGUCGUGCUACUCGGGCGAUUGCGUGCCGUACGACUUUCAUCCGCCACCGCAGUACUACCCGCCGUUCUGGACUCGCGAGAACAAGAUCAUUGUCGGGUCGAUUGCGGCGGCGAUGGGGCUGGCAGCGCUCGGGGCUCUUGCGUACUACUUCCACAGGCGGCGGCAGGCGGCGUAUGCCAGGCUGCUGGAGGAGACAGCGGUGCUGGACAUUGACGCGCUUGCGGCGGACGAGCUCGACAAGUACAUGUUUGAUCUCGGCUUUGCGGACCUCAGCGUGGUGGUGAAAGACAAGACGAUUCUGCGGUCUGCGAGCGGAUACUGCGCGCCUGGAACAGUGACUGCGAUCAUGGGCCCGUCCGGCGCCGGCAAGUCGACGCUGCUCAACGUGCUCGCGGGGCGGAUCUCGUUCUCGGACAUGUCUGGGCAGGUGCUGGUCAACGGUCAGCCGCGGUCUACGGCGUUCAAGCGCAUUGCCGGGUACGUGACGCAGGACGACUUUCUCAUUCCGACGCUCACGGUCCGCGAGACGCUCAACUUUCACGCGCAGCUGCGGCUAGGCAACUCGGUGUCUGCGGCGACGCGGGUGGCGCGGGUGGAAAAGGUCAUUGCGCAGCUGGAGCUCACGCACGUGGCCGACUCGCGGAUCGGCGACCGGCUCAUCCGCGGCAUUUCCGGCGGCGAGCGGCGGCGGGUGUCGAUUGCCACCGAGCUGGUUACCUCACCGCGCAUUCUGUUUCUCGACGAGCCGACGUCUGGACUCGACUCGUGCACAGCGUCGGCGAUCAUGGCGACGCUGCGCGAGCUGGCGACAAGCUCUGCGCUCACGGUCAUUCUCUCGAUUCACCAGCCGCGGUCGUCGAUCUACGCCUCGUUUGACAACCUCAUUCUGCUCUCCAAGGGCUCGACACUGUACAACGGGCGGGCAGCUGGGGCGACGGGCCACUUUGCGCAGCUCGGGCAUCCGUGCCCGCAAGACUUUAACCCUGCCGACUUUCUCAUCGACUUGGUGACGGCGUCGCCGGCGACGACGCUCGACACGCUGGCGUACCACUACACGACGUCGCCGGCGGCGACGACGCUCAACAAUGUGCUCGACGACCUUGUCCAGCGCGGCAUCUCGCCGCCGGUCCCACGGCGGAUUGCGUCGCUCUCGCCUGCCGUAGGCGACGCGGCGGGCCUGCUUGCGCUCCUGCCUGGAGUGCAGGGCGCGCGGAGCGAGAACCGCGAGCGCACCGUUUCGGGGCGGCUCAUCGACACCUUUACGAUCGGAACCGAGGAGACCGAGGAGGGGAGCGAGCGGAGCGGGCGGUCACGGCUGAAUUCGGGCGCGCCCGCGGUGCCGCGGCUGACGACAUCAGCAACGUCGCUUCAGGCCGAGGCCGGGUCUGCCGACGGGCGCGGGAGCGGGCCGGCGUCUGCGCGUUCGGAUGCGUCUGCGCGGUACGAGGAGGUGCUCGACGCGGCGGGCACGGGAGGCGACGGGAGCGGAAGAGGCGAGAUGGUGCGUGUCUUUUACGACAACCAGGCACAGCUCUCGCCGUACGCCACGUCUGCACUUGCGCAGACAUGGAUUCUCUGCCAGCGAACCGCGCUCAACGUGGUGCGCAACCCGGCGCUCGGGCUCGCGCACUACGUGGUCACCAUUGUGGUCGGACUCAUCAUCGGCGGCAUCUACUUCCAGGUUGGUGACGACUGGCCCGGGCUGCAGAAUCGGGCCGGCUCUGUCUUUUUCAUCAUCUCGCUGCUAUCGUUUGGCUCGCUCUCGGCACUCGAGCUCUUCAUCGCUGAGCGUGCGCUCUUCCUCCACGAGCGGUCGAACGGGUGCUACCGGUCGUCGUCAUACUUUGUGAGCAAGCUGGUGUGCGACCUCAUUCCACUGCGGAUUGUGCCGCCGGUCAUCCUCGCCGUCAUCGCCUACUAUCUCAUCGGCCUCCGGGCCGGGGCUGAGCACUUUGUCUGGUUCGCCUUUGUCCUCGUCCUCGUCGACAUCAACGCCACCGGCAUGUGCAUGGCCAUCGGGGCGAUUGUGCCGUCUGUGGCGGUCGGCAACCUCAUCACGGUCCUGGUCAUGCUCUUCUACAUGCUUUUUGGUGGUUUCCUCCUCAACAAGUCCACGGUCGGCCCGCUCUUUAUCUGGCUCAAGUACCUCUCGUUCUUCAACUACGGCUACGAGGCCGCGCUUGUCGACCAGCUCAAGGGCACCGUCAUCAACUUUGAGACCUCGCCGGGCGUCUCGGUCCUUCUCACGGGCGAGGCCGUUCUCGCCCGGCUCUCGCUCAACCCGGCCAACUUUGAUCGCGACAUCCUCAUCCUCAUCGGCAUGGGUGCCGGUCACCUGCUGCUGGCGUAUCUGAUGCUUCGGGUCAGGGCGUGGCUGCGGCGGUGA